GUAUCUACACUAGCAAUACCGACUGCAACACGGGACACUGUGGGGACAAGUAAAGUAAAAGAGUAAAUCAUUGUUGGGGCGAAUAGGUGAAGGAUACUGGUAUACUGGUACUGUACCUGGGAUAUUAAAUACUAACCGCCAUACCGCAAUCCCGACAACACCACAACACCACCGCGGCACCGCAACACCACUCAACCAACUUGCGCAUCAUUCCCCAAAAUGUCGUCGCAUCCACAACCGACCAUGCCUCCGAGGCAAUUUUCCCCUCAACAAUCACCGCCGAAUCAGACUUACCAGCUUCCUCCUAACAAGAGAGCUAAAUUAUCUCCAGUUGGGAUGACUCUUACCAUGCCGUCCGCCGCGACAACACCGCUCGCCUCCCCUCAACCACACACUCCCACGCCUAUUCCUACUACCACCAUCGCAACAACAACAUCUGCUACUGCUACUACGACCGCCUCUCAUAUUCCAUAUUCUACUGCAAAACUUGCGCCUCUACCCACCACCGCUAUGCCAUCAAUGCCUCCUGUUAUCACUAACAUGGGACCACCGGCUAUCAACCCGACGGGUUCCUUCUCUAACGAUGCGACAAGACAGCCAUCGAAGCCGGCGACCAAGGCCGCUCACACGUACGAAAUGGACGAUAUGCUCAUGGGAACCGAUAUCGAUCUAGAAGAAGAGGCAGAAUUCAUGAAUAAUCUGGAGUCUCGUGUUGGCGGUCAAAAUCAUGUAUACGGACCUGGACCGGCGAUUCAAUCCACCAAUGGCGUCAACGCGCGUACGCAAGAGGAAAUCGAAGCGGAACAAGCAGAUAUUGAAUGGAAUGAACGCGCAAUGAAGUAUGCCCGUGACAAGUGUUUCGAGAUUAGCAACUCCUUGCUAGAACCUGCUAUCUUACACAAGCGAUUACAUGACGUUGCUACUAAGCAGGGUCUAACUCUCAACAUGGAGCUGAAGCCUGACGGUGGACGUUUCGGUGGAAGAAACCAGAACCCUGCCGAGUUUCCAAAACCGGAGAUUAAAAGCUACACCCAAACCCGCCCAGAUGGUUCAAUCGUUCAAACGCAUAGUUCAUCUAUUCCUCCUGAUGCGUAUUUAGUCGAUCAGCUCUCACUACUGUCUUUGGCCACGAAGCAUCGCUUGCGUGAGCUGAUCGGUGACGCGAACAGGAUUGCCACCACGCGACAGAUGAGCGCGCAUGGGGUGGUACCUCAAGAAUGGCAAGACGUGGCCGUUCCGCUAAAUGCGGUGAACGGUACUCAGGGCGAAAGCCCACGAACAGGUGCGGAGAGCGCGGUUAGCCCCCGCACAAACCCUCUAAAACGUACCGCGGACCAACUCAGCAACGGGCUACCUACUCCUGUCUCGGAAGCUUCUCCGACGAAUCAUCUAAUCGAUGUUAUGACCAGCAGUGGAAAGGGCGCGCGUAACUUAGAAGAGAACCGACUCCGAAAGCGACAGAAGCGUCAAGAGAAGCUGAAUGGCGAGAAAGAGGGUGCCGAUGGUACGUCACGAGCUGGAUCUGUAGCGCCCGGUACGCCCGGAUCUAUUGCGCCAGAACCAGGCGAGAAACCGCCCCCCAAGAAAGAGAGCAAGAAGGCAGCGGCCAAGCAAGAGGCUAGCAGUACCACGGUGAAUGCGACUCUAGGCCUCUUUGUGGGCUCCAAGAAGAAGAAAUACUCGUGGAUGACGCAGGGUGCAGGCGGACCUGGUAGUGGAGCGAGUACGCCGAGAUUGUCAGGCGCCGGACCAGGCACUCCGGGUUCUACGACCGCCGGUGGCAGUAAAGCCCAACAAGGCCCACUCACGAAGGCAGGCGUCUCGCACCUAGGACAGUUCCGCGAAGAUUCCGAAAAGGGGAAGAACAUUCAACUUCGUGAUUGGGUGGUGGUUCUCGAGGAACAUGAGAUCGACCCGAGAUCCUUGCAGCAAGCAUAUAAUAUUCUUGACAGAUCUUGGAAGGUCGGUGUGGAAAACACGUCGACGUAAUAGACGGAUAACCCUGAAGAAUUGGUACCGCGAUUCGAUGGGUUCGUGCUCGGCCAAUCUGAUCCUGAAUCGAAAGAUAACG